AGGCUUACUCUCAACCUGCACACAAUCUCUUAGCUGGUUCCUUGGCAUUUGCCUACGGUUUAGCUCCCAUGUCUGUGCUACCGGAAGAGCUUGUCGAAGUCAUCAUUGACUUCUUAAAAGAUGACAAGGAAUCCCUUCGUUCUUGUUUUCUUUCCGCUCGCUGUUUUGUCGAGCGUGCGCGAAUACAUAUAUUUCACGAUAUCGUCAUUUCCUCCCAUCGGCGCCUAAAAACGCUCCUCGUGUUGUUCGGAGUAUCCCCCAGCCUUCCAUCUACAAUCCAUACAAUCAAAUUUAGCGGUCGGACGUUCAUUGACCCUGCAGACUGGAUAUUCACCGACAAUACAAUUCGGAUCGUCUUUCAAGCCCUCUCCAAUGUCGAGGAGGUCUUCAUCGAGAAUGUUAGGAUUCCGCGGCUGUCAGACAUUGUUUCCCCUUCCUCCAUUUUCCCAUUCCAAAAGCAUAUAAGACGCCUCGGCCUUGACGACCUGAUUCUGGAAAAUGGCGACGAUCUCUUCACAUUACUAUGCGCUUUUCCUUCUGUGAAAUAUCUAAAUUUCGGUUUCGUUCUCUUCCAAAAUCCGCAAUCGACAAUGGCUACUUUUCCUUCCCCGCCACCAGAAUUACGUCUGGAAACAUUGGAGCUCCAGUUCUCCUAUAAUAUCAAUCAUUCCGCGAUGUUGUUCCUGCGAGAGCAUUUCGCUGACAUUCUCUCGGCCUUGAAGCAUCUACGCGUCACAUACAUGACGAGCCAUGAGCUUCAGCUCGUCAGACUCAUUCUUUCUCAAACCCGUGGGUCCCUCAUUACCAUGUACAUUGGUCCUAUGAUUCUUGGCAAUGCUGAAUCACAGCAACAUGCCAAUGAUCCUAUACUUCUUCUAUCUCUUAGUCAUAUCGAAUAUCUGACGAUCGUCCUCGAUGAAACCGAUCCACACACCUCUCCACUCAAAUACUGGACCGAGAACUUCGCAACGGAUGACGAAGACUUUAAGCUCAGGGAGCUCACAAUCAAUUUGAAGGUUCACGUUGAGCAAUCAGAUUCCGCUUUCUCUGCGUCUUUUCCCUUGGCAGCGCAGUGGUCAGCACUGGAAGCCGCCCUUUGUCGCUCCCAGAUGGAGAAUCUUUGCAGGGUCAACUUGAACCUCACCGCCGACUCGGGGUUUGGAUAUGAUCCUCAAUGGGUGACCCUCUUCGCUCGGUUGAAGGGUAUCAUAGAGGGAAAUUGCCAAUUAUUAAUGAGUCGUCAUCUCCUACGAGUAGGCAAGUCACUCAGUUUCACACCAGAUGUCGAUCUGACAGCCAUUUGCUAG